GGUGUACUCGAGAGUGCGCAUCAUAUUCUUAUGGAGUUUGAUAUUUCGUUAGUCUUAACCAGAAUUUUUCGCGAAAUCCUGUGAUGGAAAGCUACAGAACUUCAAGUAGAUAGCAUUCUAAACCAAGUUAUUUACAAACCCGAAGCAGAUAUAUUAACAAGAGCAGGGAAUGUCUUCCAUGAAACGAGGACCAAACAAACCAAAGGCCCUAUAUCCCUCAGGUGACUUCAUUGCCUUGGGUUCUAAAACCUCCAGAACACUAGACAUUGGAGAGAGCAAGUCAGCACCUAAGUCACCACUAUCUGCAAGUGGUUCUGGAGUUGAACGAAAAAGAGAUGGAAGCUCAAGUGGAGGACCUUCAACUUCUCUUCCUUCCAAGAAGCCAAAACUUAGUGGAGCUACUGCAUUUACACCAAUUGGAAGAGUUGGAACUCAGCUGAAGAAAGAAGUUGGUAAACAAGGCCAGUGGGAUUCCACAGCUGUAGAAGUUCCAGCCUCUGAACUCCUUACCAAAGUUUUGGAAGCAGAAGAUUCCAAUGAUGAUGAGAGGGCUGAGAGUCUUCUGUGUGGAGCUGUAAAACAACUGAAGUCCACUCGAACAAAGCCUGAACCAACACUCUACUUGAGUCUGAUGUAUUUAGCUAAAACAAGACCCCUUAUGUUUUGUACUGACAUUGUUAUGGAAGCUUUUUGUAGCUUAUUGAAACGGGAUGUGUCGGUGAAUUACAAAACAACAAAAGGGAACAGUAUGUGGGCUGUUCUGGUUGCAAACAUAUUACUAGCUGCUUAUCAUGAUGAAGAGAGUUGGCCGGAACUGUUUGUUAAGGUUUUUGUUGAAGAUUCUCUUGGGGAACGAGUAUGGGUAGACCAUGAGGACUGUAAAGGGUUUGUUGACAACAUCUUAAUGGCUUUUAAGACAAAAAUUCCUCCUAAGAGCAUGAUGGCACCUGAAUUGACUUUCAAGCCUGAUGCAUGUCCUAGUCCACCUACAAUCAGUGCAGAAGAUGAUGAAGCUUCUUCAUCUAGUUUUCAUCUGGAAUGCCAGGAAAAUUUGGAGAACAUUGCUGUAGUUCCAAGAUUCUCAAGUUGUGAAGAAUCAGUAGAACAGUUUGUCUUGGAUUUAAUACGGGACUACCUGACCAGGAGACAGCCAACUGAUGUUUCCCGCAACAUGCUUCGGUUACUUGUGUCAACUUGUGGCCUCAGUGAAGUUAGGUUACUUGUUGCUCCGAAGCUGGAGAUGUGGCUCCAGAAUCCUAAACUGACAAGGCCAGCUCAGGAUCUCUUGCUUGCAGUCUGUAUGAACUGCAGCCAGCACAACCAGAAUGAUGUGGAAGUUAUUGGACAUCUUAUCAAAAUUAGGAUGAAGACUAAGCCUGUAAUAAACCAUUUUCUGCAGUGUAUAAGGGAGUUACUGAACCAGCACACUGAAAAUCUUAGUACAUUGUUGAAGCAUGCUAUCUACAAUGAACUGUCCAAUUCUCGAAACCCUAACAACAUGCAGUUGAUUUCAGUAAUAUUUCAACAUUCACCGGAAAGAGCUGCAAAGGUUCUUGCUGAUGUAUUUUUCGAUCUACUGACAAACAGAGAUGAUUACCUUCGUGCUCUGCGUGCUCUCUUCAGAGAGAUAGUCCGAACACUCCGGCAUGAGGUGAAGUUUUUAUCUUUUUGUCGUGGUUUGAUGCAAGAGAGAAAAGAUCAAGGCUUUCUUGAUAUGGAUCCCCAGAUCAAGGAGAGAAUGUUCAUGUCAAUUUCCGACCUGCUUGUGCUCGCCAUACUCCAGGGCAUUGGACCUGCUGUAAAGGAAGCAUCAACAACUCUUGCAAGGGAAGAGAAGAAAGACAUUGGUGUGUUGAGAACAUAUCAAAUGCAGGUGGCUAAGAUCCAGCGUGAUGCCGUAUGGUGGCUUUGGAUUGUUCCCAAGAUGUAUAAGCCUGAUCGAAAUGCAUUCAUUCAUUGCUUACAGAAAGUUUUGUUUAUGGAACCAGCAGAACAUUAUUACAACAAAGAUAACUGGACACCAGAAGGAGAUCGUCCUAUGAUGCUGAGACUGGCUUCAGAAGUUCCCAUCCUAGAAGAUACUCUAAUGAGAAUAUUAAUUAUUGGACUUUCCAAAGAACAUCCGUUGAAUGCCUCAGAUACCUUGGACCUUGUCGAUCAACUGCUCAAGCGUGUAGGUUCAAUAUCUAUAGAAGGAUAUCCUGUUUUGGAGCUACAGAUUCAAGAGAUUUUUGAUCUUAUUUUUAACUUAUGUGCAUACCAUCACCCUGACAACAUAAGUUUACCACCAGGAUACCAACCCCCAACUCUUGCUAUUGCUGAUCUGUACUGGAGGGCGUGGAUCAUGUUACUGAUACUUGUUGCUCAUAAUCCAUCAAAUUUUG